CAGCUGCAUGUAUUGCUUCGUGGACAGGCAACCUAAUCUUCAAAGCUGAAACUAAAACAACGCAACAAGCGAUUACCAAGUCAAUACAAUAAUCUUCUAUGCUGCUUAUCUGUCUUCCCGCACUUAAGCUUCUGCCUUCCAGCUCUUUCAGGCAACAUUGGACAGGUUCCAUGUGUUUCAAUGAUGUGUGGGCCCGCCUCAAUUUUGCUGGGCCAGGCCGAUCUAAUGGUGGCUCUCGCUCGCUCCUCGGAUCCCCCCGUCACCACCCAAACCCUCGCCGACCACGACCACGCCAUGGCGGCGCCGCCGCCGCCUCCGGAACUGAACGACGACGUCAUCCCGGAGAUCCUCCUCCGCCUCCCGCCGGACGAGCCGGCGAGCCUCUUCCGCCCGUCCCUCGCCUGCAAGCCGUGGCGCCGCGUCCUCUCCGACCCCGCCUUCCUCCGCCGCUACCGCAGCUUCCACCGGGCCCCUCCGCUGCUCGGCUUCUUCGACGGCAACAAGUCCCCCGACUUCUGCCCCGUCGCAGCGGCCUCCCCCUUCUCAAUGCCGGCGUUCGACUGCAUCCUUCAGUACGUCCUCGACUGCCGCCACGGGCGCGUCCUCUUCCAGCUCACCGAAGACCUCCUUGUCUGGGAUCCAAUCACCGGUAGGCGGGAGGACGUGCCAGAGCAAGAGCUCGACAUAUUGUUGGAGAACGCCGUGGUACUCUGCGCCGCUGCAGGCUGCGACCACCGCGACUGCCACGGCGGUCCCUUCCUUGUGGUCGGUGUGGGUUUGGCCACCGAUGAUGAUGAUGAUAUGCACGACAGUAGUGUGCAAGCGAGUGUGUACUCGUCGCAGGUCGGUGCAUGGCAGCCAUCGGUUUAUCUUCAGUUAGAGGUCGAUUUCGAUGCCCAGUAUCCCUGGGAUCGUCUCAUCCUGCGCAGUAGUGGUGCCGUCGUCGGAGAUGAAGUUUACUUCCUACUUUCACCGGAUGCUGGCAAUAAAAUCCUCAAGUAUAACUUGGGCAGGCAUUGCCUGUCUACGAUUGACCUGCCUGCAAACGUCGACUGCUGGGGCGUUGCCCUCAUGCCAGCCGGCGAUGGUCUGCUUGGGCUCGCCAGCAGCACUUGGGAUUCCAGCCUUUACCUGUGGUCGAGGUUGAAGAUGCUGAAUGCAGAGGGAGUUGCAGGAUGGGUACAGCUCAGGGUGAUCGAGAUGCGGGCGGUGUUGCCCGUUACCAUCACUGAUUGCAAGGUGAGGGUUAUUGGUUAUGCGGAGGGUGUCAACGUCGUCUUCGUGGGCACAUGUGUUGGCACCUUCACUAUCAAUCUCGAGUCAGGGUUGGCGAGGAAGGUGAGCCCAACAGUCUACGGUCCCGUCCUACCCUUCAUGAGCUUCUACACUCCAGAUUAUGCUUGUAGAAAAUUGCCACUCCCAGUGGAGACAAACUAA